GAAAUAAACAAAAAUCUUAAUCUUAACAAUCAAUUCAUUAUUUUAAAAGAAACCUUACAAAUGGAACAUUUUGAAUCCUUGCACUGCAUCAUAAAUUUAGCAGCCUUAUCUUCUCUGGCGUGCCCAUCUCGAUGCACUGGUUGGUAUUAACCAAGGUUAAGGUCUUGGUUUCCAGCAGAUAAGUAUGUUUUGGAAAUCAGCAGCUGUGGCUUCUAUAAGCAAACUCACAAGACUAGGAGACAUGAUAAAAGGUUUGGCCUUGUGAUAGAGACGUUCUGUUUUGACUUUUACACCUCCAACGAUCUCUGUAUCGCCUUCUCUGGAACACCAAAAUGACAAGUAAAAUGGCCUUAAUAAAUCCAGAUUACAAUUCUGUUCAUUAAAUAUUUCUCCUAUUAAGAGUAUACCUUCAGAGAUUACUGUAUUAGAGUCAUAAUCGAUCGUUCUCGUGUUCAUCUCCUCGCACAGAAAGCCGGAUAACUGGAGACUGAAAUGGGUGAAUGGGAUCUGCUGGGUCGCCUGCUGGAUAAAGUGCAGAGCCACUCCACAGUCAUCGGGAAGGUCUGGCUCACCGUGCUGUUUGUCUUCCGCAUCCUGGUUCUUCGCACCGGCGCUGAUAAGGUUUGGGGCGAUGAGCAAUCCGACUUUGUCUGCAACACUCAGCAGCCCGGCUGUGAGAACGUCUGCUAUGACCUGGCCUUCCCCAUCUCCCACGUUCGCUUCUGGUUCCUUCAGAUCAUCGCCGUAGCCACUCCCAAGCUGCUCUACCUCGGUCACGUCCUUCAUGUGAUCCACGCCGAGAAGAAGAUGAAGGAGAGGAUGAAGAAGCAAGCCGAGUUGGACGACCAGACCAAUCUGUUCCUCAGGAAGGCCUACAAAGUUCCCAAGUACACCAAGAGCACUGGCAAGAUCAGUAUCCGUGGUCGUCUCCUUCGCAGUUACGUCUACCAUCUUGUGGCCAAGAUCGUCCUGGAAGUCUUGUUCAUUGUGGGUCAGUACUUUCUGUACGGCUUCACCCUCGAGACUCGCUAUGUCUGCACCCGCUUCCCUUGCCCUCACAAGGUGGACUGCUUCCUGUCCAGGCCUACGGAAAAGUCUGUGAUCAUCUGGUUCAUGCUAGUGGCGGCGUUUGUCUCCCUCUUCCUCAGUGUGGUCGAGCUGUUCUACCUGUGCGUGAAAGCUGCGAAGGAGUGCAUGGCGAGGAGGCAGGACUACACCGUGACCCCGGUGACACCACCGCUGUUGGCAAGGAAAAGUUUUAAAAGUCACAACGAGAUGUUCCAAAAUUGCGUCAACCUGGAGCUGGAGCACCAAGAACGAAAGUUAGGGGUAACCGGGGUCACAGGUGGAGUGAACGAGCCGGUAUCGCCUGAGAACAACAUGGAGGAGGUCCAUAUCUGAAGCGUGGAGGCAGUGAUAGGUCGUACGUGUCCAAAUACCCAGAGUUCCUGUGUUUGCGUGCUUUGGCUUUAGUGGGUGAGGGGAUGUGUACGUGCAGCUUCUGUAAACACGACUCAGUCACAUGCAAAUGUUGCUUAAAAUGGCUUUUCUGGUGACAUAAUACAAACACAACAAACCAUGUGUUCUUGUAGUUUACACACACACACACACACACCAUUUUAUACAUUAUUUUUUUAACAAUGUUUUGAUUCAAUAAACCUCUCAUGUUCAGAUCCAGAUGUGUCCUUUUCUUACCACGUUAUCGUGUUUGCACAGUAAACCAACAAACACACUGAGCCUCUGCAGCUCUCAU